AGAGCUUCUCCAGCGUCAUGUUGUUUGGUCGGCGACUGCGGCGCGCCGUCUGACGCGUUCGAUUGCGUCACUUCCGCUCCCUCCCGGGAGGCGGUGCUGGGCCGGUGGCAAGCCCCCGGAGGGAGCCGCAGUAGUACGACGGAAGAUGGCGACGAGCGGCGGCGAUGAGGCGGCGGCAGCGGCGCCGGCGCCGGGGGCCCCGGCAGCGGGGGCGGACGCGACCCCGGGCUGGGAGGUGGCGGUGCGGCCCCUGCUGUCCGCGUCCUAUUCCGCCUUCGAGAUGAAGGAGUUGCCGCAGCUGGUGGCCUCAGUCAUCGAGAGUGAAUCAGAAAUCCUGCACCAUGAGAAGCAGUAUGAGCCAUUCUACUCAUCUUUUGUUGCACUUUCCACACACUAUAUUACAACCGUUUGCAGCCUCAUUCCUCGGAACCAGCUUCAGUCGGUGGCAGCAGCGUGUAAAGUCUUAAUUGAGUUUUCUCUCCUGCGCCUGGAGAAUCCAGAUGAGGCUUGUGCUGUGUCCCAGAAACACUUGAUUCUUCUAAUCAAGGGCCUAUGCACUGGCUGUAGUCGACUAGAUAGAACUGAAAUCAUCACAUUUACGGCGAUGAUGAAAUCUGCCAAGCUACCACAGACAGUGAAGACGCUUUCAGAUGUGGAGGAUCAGAAAGAGUUGGCUUCACCAGUAAGCCCUGAGCUGAGGCAGAAGGAGGUCCAGAUGAAUUUUUUGAACCAGCUGACCUCAGUUUUUAAUCCUAGAACUAUAGCAUCUCCACCUGUCAGUCCGCAGACUCUGGUGGAAGGGGAAAGUGAUGAGCAAUCAUCCACAGAUCAAGCUUCUGCUAUCAAAACCAAGAAUGUCUUCAUAGCUCAGAAUGUGGCUAGUCUUCAAGAGCUUGGUGGCUCAGAGAAGCUGCUGCGUGUAUGCUUGAACCUGCCAUAUUUCCUACGUUACAUCAAUCGCUUCCAAGAUGCAGUGCUGGCCAAUUCCUUCUUCAUCAUGCCUGCAACUGUUGCAGAUGCCACUGCAGUUCGUAACGGUUUUCAUUCCCUAGUGAUUGAUGUGACUAUGGCAUUGGAUACCCUUUCUUUACCUGUGUUGGAGCCUCUCAGUCCCUCCCGUCUACAAGAUGUGACGGUCCUCAGCCUCAGUUGUCUGUAUGCAGGUGUGAGUGUGGCAACCUGCAUGGCCAUCCUUCAUGUAGGCAGUGCCCAGCAAGUGCGGACAGGGUCUACGAGCUCCAAAGAAGAAGACUAUGAAAGUGAUGCAGCUACGAUUGUCCAGAAAUGUCUUGAAAUCUAUGACAUGAUUGGACAAGCAAUCAGCAGUUCACGCCGGGCUGGUGGUGAGCACUAUCAGAACUUCCAAUUGCUGGGUGCCUGGUGUUUGUUAAACAGCCUUUUCCUCAUUUUGAACCUGAGUCCUACUGCCUUGGCUGAUAAGGGGAAAGAGAAAGAUCCACUGGCUGCUCUCCGAGUCAGAGACAUCCUUUCUCGUACAAAAGAAGGAGUGGGCUCUCCUAAACUGGGGCCUGGAAAAGGGCAUCAGGGAUUUGGGGUGCUCUCAGUAAUAUUAGCAAACCAUGCCAUCAAGCUGCUAACUUCUCUCUUUCAAGACCUGCAGGUGGAGGCCCUUCACAAGGGUUGGGAGACAGAUGGGCCCCCUGCAGUCCUGAGCAUUAUGGCCCAGAGCACUUCCAUACAAAGGAUUCAACGGCUGAUUGACUCCGUGCCACUGACAAACCUGCUCUUGACGUUACUCUCAACCUCCUACAGAAAGGCUUGUGUCCUGCAACGGCAGAGGAAGGGCUCCAUGAGCAGUGACGCAAGCGCCUCCACGGACUCCAACACUUACUACGAGGAUGAUUUCAGUAGCACAGAGGAAGACAGCAGCCAAGAUGAUGACAGCGAGCCUAUUUUGGGGCAGUGGUUUGAGGAGACCAUCUCUCCCAGUAAAGAGAAAGUGGCACCCCCGCCCCCUCCUCCACCUCCCCCGCUGGAGAGCUCGCCUCGUGUUAAAAGCCCCAGUAAGCAGGCCCCUGGGGAAAAGGGCAACAUUUUGGCAAGUCGCAAAGAUCCUGAAUUGUUCUUAGGUCUGGCUUCCAACAUUUUGAACUUCAUCACCUCUUCCAUGCUGAACUCUAGGAAUAAUUUUAUCCGAAACUAUCUGAGUGUAUCUCUGUCAGAACAUCAUAUGGCCACCCUGGCCAGUAUCAUCAAGGAGGUGGACAAGGAUGGAUUGAAGGGUUCAUCAGAUGAAGAGUUUGCUGCUGCUCUGUAUCACUUCAACCACUCCUUGGUAACUUCGGACCUUCAGUCCCCUAACCUUCAGAUGGCCACAACAGCUGAAGCUGGGCCAGACCGAGGCCAGGAGCCUGGAAGUCCAUCCUGGUAUCCCAUAUGGCUGAAUACCCUGUUGCAGCAGCUGGGCGUCGCUCCUUUUGCUGACGGCCCUUGGCCCUUGUACAUCCACCCUCAAGGCCUCUCCGUGCUUUCACGUCUCCUGCUCCUCUGGCAGCAUAAAGCUGGCACCCAAGGUGACCCUGACGUCCCUGAAUGCCUGAAAGUGUGGGACAGAUUUUUGUCUACAAUGAAGCAGAAUGCCCUGCAAGGUGUGGUGCCCAGUGAGACAGAGGACUUGAACGUAGAGCACCUGCAGCUGCUGCUCCUCAUCUUCCACAACUUCACCGAGCAGGGCCGGCGCACCGUAUUCACCCUCUUUGUCCAGAUUAUCCAGGAGCUGAGUGGCCACAUGGAUGCUCAGAUGCGCUCCGUGCCUCUCAUCCUGGCCCGCCUCCUGUUGAUCUUUGAUUACCUACUUCAUCAGUACUCCAAAGCCCCUGUUUAUCUGUUUGAGCAGGUGCAGCAUAACCUGCUGAGUCCUCCUUAUGGGUGGGCAAGUGGAUCCCAGGACAGCAACAGCCGCCGGGCAACCACGCCUCUCUACCAUGGGUUUAAAGAGGUAGAAGAAAACUGGGCUAAGCAUUUUUCUUCAGAUGCUGUCCCACAACCCAGAUUCUACUGUGUCCUGUCCCCAGAAGCCUCAGAGGAUGAUUUGAACCGACUUGAUUCUGUGGCAUGUGAUGUGCUUUUCUCCAAGCUUGUUAAAUACGACGAGCUUUACACUGCCCUCACAGCCCUGCUUGCAGCUGGGUCCCAGCUUGACACGGUCAGGAGGAAGGAAAACAAGAAUGUGACAGCCCUGGAGGCCUGUGCCCUUCAGUAUUACUUCUUAAUAUUAUGGAGGAUCCUAGGAAUUUUGCCACCAUCAAAGACUUACAUGAAUCAGUUGGCCAUGAACUCUCCUGAGAUGAGUGAAUGUGACAUCUUACACACCCUGCGAUGGUCUUCCCGCCUCAGGAUCAGCUCCUAUGUCAGCUGGAUAAAGGAUCACCUUAUCAAACAGGGGAUGAAGAUGGAUCAUGCUGGCUCUCUCAUAGAACUGGCCUCUACCAAGUGUAGCUCAGUGAAGUACGAUGUUGAAAUUGUAGAGGAAUACUUUGCUCGACAGAUCUCGUCGUUCUGUAGCAUCGACUGCACCACCAUCUUGCAGCUCCAUGAAAUUCCCAGCCUGCAGUCCAUUUACACCCUGGACGCUGCCAUCUCCAAGGUCCAGGUCUCAUUGGAUGAGCAUUUUUCUAAGAUGGCUGCUGAGACCGAUCCUCAGAAAUCAUCUGAGAUUACCAAGAAUCUCCUUCCAGCCACGCUGCAGCUCAUUGACACCUAUGCAUCAUUCACCAGAGCCUAUUUGCUGCAGAACUUUAGUGAAGAGGGAACCACUGAAAAACCUUCCAAGGAGAAGCUGCAUGGCUUUGCUGCUGUUUUGGCUAUUGGCUCUAGUAGGUGCAAGGCGAAUACACUCGGUCCAACACUGGUUCAGAACUUGCCCUCCUCGGUGCAGGCUGUGUGUGAGUCCUGGAACAACAUCAAUACCAAUGAAUUUCCCAAUAUUGGAUCCUGGCGCAAUGCCUUUGCCAAUGACACCAUCCCUUCAGAGAGUUAUAUCAGUGCUGUGCAAGCUGCUCACCUGGGGACUCUCUGUGGCCAGAGUCUGCCCCUGGCUGCUUCCCUGAAGCAUACCCUCCUCUCCCUGGUCCGGUUAACGGGAGAUCUUAUCGUUUGGUCAGAUGAGAUGAACCCACCACAGGUAAUUCGGACCCUGCUGCCCCUUCUUUUGGAGUCGAGCACUGAGAGCGUUGCUGAGAUCAGUAGCAACUCCCUGGAACGCAUCUUGGGCCCUGCAGAGUCUGAUGAGUUCUUGGCCCGGGUUUAUGAGAAGCUGAUCACUGGCUGUUACAACAUUCUGGCCAAUCAUGCGGACCCCAACAGUGGACUGGAUGAAUCCAUCUUGGAGGAAUGUCUCCAGUAUUUGGAAAAACAACUGGAAAGCAGCCAGGCUCGCAAAGCUAUGGAGGAAUUUUUCUCUGACAGUGGAGAACUUGUGCAGAUCAUGAUGGCAACAGCCAAUGAGAACCUCUCUGCUAAAUUCUGUAACCGAGUUUUGAAAUUCUUCACCAAACUCUUCCAGCUGACUGAGAAGAGCCCUAAUCCUAGCCUCUUGCAUCUCUGCGGCUCUCUGGCACAGCUGGCUUGUGUGGAACCUGUACGUCUGCAGGCCUGGCUCACACGCAUGACAACGUCACCCCCAAAAGAUUCUGAUCAGCUGGACAUAAUUCAGGAGAACCGGCAGCUGUUGCAGUUACUGACCACAUACAUUGUUAGGGAAAACAGCCAAGUUGGGGAAGGUGUGUGUGCUGUACUUCUGGGCACCCUGACCCCCAUGGCAACAGAGAUGCUCACUAACGGUGAUGGGACUGGCUUCCCUGAACUCAUGGUUGUGAUGGCCACUCUGGCCAGUGCAGGUCAAGGUGCUGGUCACCUUCAACUCCAUAAUGCUGCUGUGGACUGGCUGGGCAGAUGUAAGAAAUACCUGUCACAGAAGAAUGUCGUUGAAAAACUGAAUGCCAAUGUAAUGCAUGGGAAGCAUGUGAUAGUCUUGGAGUGCACAUGUCACAUUAUGUCUUACCUGGCUGAUGUCACGAACGCUCUGAGCCAGAGUAAUGGUCAAGGUCCAAGUCAUCUGUCAGUGGAUGGGGAAGAGAGGGCCAUUGAAGUGGACUCGGAUUGGGUGGAGGAGUUGGCAGUGGAAGAGGAAGAUUCCCAGGCUGAGGAUUCAGAUGAAGACUCGCUUUGCAAUAAACUCUGCACUUUUACGAUCACACAGAAAGAAUUCAUGAACCAGCACUGGUAUCACUGUCACACCUGUAAAAUGGUUGACGGGGUGGGUGUGUGCACGGUGUGUGCUAAGGUGUGCCACAAGGAUCAUGAGAUUUCCUAUGCCAAGUAUGGGUCCUUCUUCUGUGACUGUGGAGCCAAGGAAGAUGGCAGCUGUUUGGCACUGGUGAAGAGGACUCCUAGCAGUGGCAUGAGCUCCACCAUGAAGGAGUCAGCAUUUCAAAGUGAACCCAGGGUUUCAGAGAGUCUGGUGCGCCAUGCCAGCACCUCGCCAGCUGACAAGGCCAAGGUUACCAUCAGUGAUGGAAAAGUUGCUGAUGAAGAAAAGCCCAAAAAGAGCAGCCUGUGCCGUACAGUAGAGGGCUGCCGGGAGGAGCUGCAGAACCAGGCCAAUUUCUCCUUCGCUCCUCUUGUGUUAGACAUGCUCAAUUUCCUCAUGGAUGCCAUUCAGACCAACUUUCAGCAAGCGUCAGCUGUGGGUAGCAGCAGCCGGGCUCAGCAGGCCCUCAGUGAGCUGCAUACAGUGGACAAGGUGGUUGAGAUGACGGAUCAACUGAUGGUUCCCACCUUAGGCUCUCAGGAAGGUGCCUUUGAGAAUGUUCGGAUGAAUUAUAGUGGAGAUCAAGGCCAGACAAUUCGGCAGCUGAUCAGUGCCCAUGUGCUCAGGCGGGUGGCUAUGUGUGUCCUCUCUUCCCCUCACGGACGCCGCCAGCAUUUGGCUGUCAGCCACGAAAAGGGCAAGAUCACUGUUCUGCAGCUCUCUGCACUCUUGAAGCAAGCCGAUUCCAGCAAAAGGAAGUUGACUCUGACCCGCUUGGCUUCUGCCCCAGUCCCGUUUACUGUGCUGAGCCUCACUGGAAAUCCCUGCAAGGAGGACUACCUGGCAGUUUGUGGGCUAAAGGACUGCCACGUGCUCACCUUUAGUAGCUCAGGCUCUGUGUCGGAUCACUUGGUGUUGCAUCCCCAGUUGGCAACAGGGAACUUCAUCAUCAAAGCUGUGUGGUUGCCUGGUUCACAGACUGAGUUGGCAAUUGUCACUGCAGACUUUGUCAAGAUUUAUGACCUGUCUGUUGACGCCUUGAGUCCAACCUUCUACUUUCUUCUGCCGAGCUCAAAGAUAAGAGACGUCACUUUUCUCUUCAAUGAGGAGGGGAAGAACAUCAUCGUCAUAAUGUCUUCAGCUGGCUACAUCUACACACAGCUAAUGGAAGAGGCCAGCAGCGCCCAGCAGGGGCCCUUCUAUGUCACUAAUGUGCUGGAAAUCAACCAUGAAGACUUGAAGGACAGUAACAGCCAGGUGGCAGGUGGUGGUGUGUCCGUGUACUACUCCCAUGUGUUGCAGAUGCUGUUCUUCAGCUAUUGUCAAGGCAAAUCAUUCGCAGCCACCAUCAGCAGGAUGACUCUGGAGGUGUUACAGCUCUUCCCCAUCAACAUCAAAAGUUCCAAUGGUGGCAGUAAGACUUCUCCUGCACUUUGCCAGUGGUCUGAGGUGAUGAACCACCCUGGCUUGGUGUGCUGUGUCCAGCAAACCACAGGUGUGCCGCUGGUGAUCAUGGUGAGGCCAGACACCCUUCUCAUCCAGGAGAUCAAGACUCUUCCUGCUAAAGCAAAGAUCCAAGACAUGGUUGCUAUUAGGCACACAGCCUGCAAUGAGCAGCAGCGGACAACCAUGAUCUUGCUGUGUGAAGAUGGCAGCCUGCGUAUUUAUAUGGCCAAUGUGGAAAACACCUCCUAUUGGCUCCAACCAUCCCUGCAGCCCAGUAGUGUCAUUAGUAUAAUGAAGCCUGUUCGAAAACGCAAAACAGCCACGAUCACAACCCGCACAUCCAGCCAGGUGACUUUCCCUAUUGACUUCUUUGAACACAACCAGCAGUUGACAGAUGUGGAGUUUGGUGGCAAUGACCUCCUGCAGGUCUACAAUGCACAACAGAUAAAGCACCGGCUGAAUUCCACUGGCAUGUAUGUGGCCAACACCAAGCCUGGUGGCUUCACCAUUGAGAUUAGUAACAACAACAGCACCAUGGUGAUGACAGGCAUGCGGAUCCAGAUUGGGACCCAGGCAAUUGAGCGAGCCCCAUCUUAUAUUGAAAUCUUCGGCAGAACCAUGCAGCUCAACCUGAGUCGAUCACGCUGGUUUGACUUCCCGUUCACCAGAGAAGAAGCCCUGCAAGCUGACAAGAAGCUGAACCUCUUCAUCGGGGCCUCGGUGGAUCCAGCAGGUGUCACCAUGAUAGAUGCUGUAAAAAUUUAUGGCAAGACUAAGGAGCAGUUUGGUUGGCCUGAUGAGCCCCCUGAAGAAUUCCCUUCUGCCUCUGUCAGCAACAUCUGCCCUUCAAACCUGAACCAGAGUAAUGGCACUGGAGACAGCGACUCAGCUGCCCCUACUACGACCAGUGGAACUGUCCUGGAGAGUUCUGAAACUGAGUCCUUAACCAAGCUGGACCGGCUGGUUGUGAGUUCUUUAGAAGCCCUGGAAAGCUGCUUUGCUGUUGGUCCAAUCAUCGAGAAGGAGAGAAACAAGAAUGCGGCUCAGGAGCUGGCAACUUUGCUUCUGUCCCUGCCAGCACCUGCCAGUGUCCAGCAGCAGUCCAAGAGCCUCCUGGCCAGCCUGCACACCAGCCGCUCGGCCUAUCACAGCCACAAGGAUCAGGCCUUGCUGAGCAAAGCCGUGCAGUGUCUCAACACAUCCACCAAAGAAGGCAAAGAUUUGGACCCCGAGGUGUUCCAGAGGCUGGUGAUCACAGCUCGUUCCAUUGCCAUCAUGCGCCCUAACAACCUUGUCCAUUUUACGGAGUCAAAGCUGCCUCAGAUGGAAACAGACUGUUUUUUUCCUAGAUGUGCCUGCUGGAGUCUAGGGAUAGUUGGCAUAUUGACUGGGGCCCCACUUGAAACUCCCUCCCCAGAAGGAGCGGAUGAGGGGAAAGAACCGCAGAAGCAGCUGGAAGGAGAUUGCUGUAGUUUCAUCACUCAGCUUGUGAACCACUUCUGGAAGCUGCAUGCAUCCAAACCCAAGAAUGCCUUCUUGGCACCUGCCUGCCUUCCAGGCCUAACUCACAUAGAAGCUACUGUCAAUGCACUGGUAGACAUUAUCCAUGGCUACUGUACUUGUGAGCUGGACUGUAUUAACACAGCAUCCAAGAUCUACAUGCAGAUGCUAUUGUGUCCUGAUCCUGCUGUGAGCUUCUCUUGUAAACAAGCUUUAAUUCGAGUCCUAAGGCCCAGGAACAAACGGAGACAUGUGACAUUGCCCUCCUCCCCUCGAAGCAACACGCCAAUGGGAGACAAGGAUGAUGAUGAUGAUGAUGAUGCAGAUGAGAAAAUGCAGUCAUCAGGGAUCCCGAAUGGUGGUCACAUCCGUCAGGAAAGCCAGGAGCAGAGUGAGGUGGACCAUGGAGAUUUCGAGAUGGUGUCUGAGUCGAUGGUCCUGGAAACAGCUGAAAAUGUCAACAAUGGCAACCCGUCUCCCCUGGAGGCCCUACUGGCAGGUGCAGAGGGCUUCCCCCCCAUGCUGGACAUCCCGCCCGAUGCCGAUGAUGAGACCAUGGUGGAGCUUGCCAUCGCCCUGAGCCUGCAGCAGGACCAGCAAGGCAGCAGCAGCAGUGCCCUGGGCCUGCAGAGCCUGGGACUGUCCGGCCAGGCACCCAGCUCUUCCUCUCUGGACGCAGGAACCCUCUCUGACACCACAGCAUCAGCUCCAGCCUCAGACGACGAGGGCAGCACAGCAGCAACGGAUGGCUCUACCCUUCGGACCUCUCCUGCCGACCAUGGUGGCAGUGUGGGCUCGGAGAGCGGCGGAAGUGCGGUGGACUCAGUGGCUGGCGAGCACAGUGUGUCUGGCCGGAGCAGUGCUUAUGGUGAUGCCACGGCUGAGGGUCAUCCAGCUGGACCAGGAAGUGUCAGCUCAAGCACUGGCGCCAUCAGCACCACCACUGGGCACCAGGAGGGAGAUGGCUCUGAGGGAGAAGGAGAAGGGGAAACUGAAGGAGACGUCCACACCAGCAAUCGGCUGCACAUGGUCCGUCUGAUGCUGUUGGAGAGAUUGCUGCAGACUUUGCCCCAGCUGCGAGGUGUGGGAGGUGUCCGGGCCAUCCCCUACAUGCAGGUCAUUCUGAUGCUCACUACAGAUCUGGAUGGAGAAGAUGAGAAAGACAAGGGAGCCCUGGACAACCUGCUGUCUCAACUUAUUGCAGAACUAGGCAUGGAUAAAAAGGAUGUGUCCAAGAAGAAUGAGCGCAGUGCCCUGAAUGAAGUCCAUCUGGUGGUAAUGAGACUCCUGAGUGUCUUCAUGUCCCGCACAAAAUCUGGGUCCAAGUCUUCUGUCUGUGAGUCGUCUUCCCUCCUCUCCAGUGCCACAGCAGCAGCCCUGCUAAGCUCUGGGGCUGUUGACUACUGCCUGCAUGUGCUUAAAGCCCUGUUGGAGCAUUGGAAGAGCCAGCAGAGUGAUGAGGAACCUGUAGCUGCCAGCCAGCUACUGAAGCCACACGCCACGUCGUCCCCACCUGACAUGAGCCCCUUCUUUCUCCGCCAGUACGUGAAGGGUCAUGCUGCUGAUGUGUUUGAGGCCUAUACUCAGCUUCUGACAGAAAUGGUUCUGAGGCUUCCAUACCAAAUCAAAAAGAUCGCGGACACCAACUCUCGAAUCCCACCUCCUGUCUUUGACCACUCAUGGUUUUACUUCCUCUCAGAGUACCUGAUGAUCCAGCAGACACCAUUUGUGCGUCGUCAAGUCCGCAAACUUUUGCUGUUCAUCUGUGGAUCGAAGGAGAAGUACCGCCAGCUCCGGGAUUUGCACACCCUGGACUCCCACGUGCGUGGGAUCAAGAAGCUGCUGGAGGAACAGGGAAUAUUCCUCAGGGCCAGUGUGGUGACAGCCAGCUCAGGCUCUGCUUUGCAGUACGACACACUCAUCAGCCUGAUGGAGCACCUGAAAGCCUGUGCGGAGAUUGCUGCCCAGAGAACCAUCAACUGGCAGAAAUUCUGCAUCAAAGAUGACUCCGUCCUGUAUUUCCUUCUCCAAGUGAGUUUCCUGGUGGACGAGGGGGUGUCCCCUGUGCUGCUGCAGCUGCUGUCCUGUGCUUUGUGUGGCAGCAAAGUGCUCGCUGCCCUGGCAGCCUCUGCAGGGUCCUCCAGCACAGCUUCCGCCUCAGCCCCUGCGGCCUCCAGUUCCGGACAGGCCACAGCACAGUCCAAGUCUUCUACUAAAAAGAGUAAGAAGGAAGACAAGGAAAAGGAGAAGGACGGUGAGAGCUCAGGCAGCCAGGAGGACCAGCUAUGCACUGCUUUGGUGAACCAACUGAAUAAGUUUGCCGAUAAGGAAACCCUGAUCCAGUUUCUGCGUUGCUUCCUGUUAGAGUCCAAUUCUUCCUCAGUGCGCUGGCAGGCCCACUGCCUGACGCUCCAUAUCUAUAGAAACUCCAACAAGUCCCAACAGGAGCUCCUGCUAGAUCUGAUGUGGUCCAUAUGGCCAGAACUCCCUGCCUAUGGUCGGAAGGCGGCCCAGUUUGUAGACCUUCUAGGAUAUUUCUCCUUGAAAACACCACAGACUGAGAAGAAGCUGAAGGAGUAUUCUCAGAAGGCAGUGGAGAUACUGCGCACUCAGAACCAUAUUCUUACCAACCAUCCCAACUCCAACAUUUAUAAUACUUUGUCCGGCUUAGUGGAAUUUGAUGGCUACUACCUGGAGAGUGACCCCUGCUUGGUGUGUAAUAAUCCAGAAGUGCCAUUUUGUUAUAUCAAGCUGUCUUCCAUUAAAGUGGACACACGCUACACCACCACCCAGCAAGUUGUGAAGCUCAUUGGCAGUCAUACCAUCAGCAAAGUGACAGUAAAAAUUGGGGACCUGAAACGGACCAAGAUGGUGCGGACUAUCAACCUCUAUUACAACAACCGAACUGUGCAGGCCAUCGUGGAACUGAAAAACAAGCCGGCUCGUUGGCACAAAGCCAAGAAGGUCCAGCUGACCCCUGGGCAGACAGAGGUGAAGAUCGACCUGCCAUUGCCCAUUGUGGCCUCCAAUCUGAUGAUUGAGUUUGCAGACUUCUAUGAAAACUACCAGGCCUCCACAGAGACCCUGCAGUGCCCACGCUGCAGUGCCUCAGUCCCUGCCAACCCAGGGGUCUGUGGCAAUUGUGGAGAAAAUGUUUAUCAGUGUCAUAAAUGCAGGUCCAUCAACUAUGAUGAAAAAGAUCCCUUCCUCUGCAAUGCCUGUGGCUUCUGUAAAUAUGCUCGCUUUGACUUCAUGCUCUAUGCCAAGCCUUGCUGUGCAGUGGAUCCCAUUGAGAAUGAAGAAGACCGGAAGAAGGCUGUCUCCAACAUCAAUACGCUUCUGGACAAAGCAGACCGCGUGUAUCAUCAGCUGAUGGGACAUCGGCCGCAACUGGAGAACCUGCUUUGCAAAGUGAAUGAGGCAGCCCCAGAAAAGCCCCAGGAUGACUCAGGAACAGCAGGAGGCAUCAGCUCUACUUCAGCCAGUGUGAAUCGCUACAUCUUGCAGUUGGCUCAGGAAUACUGCGGAGACUGCAAGAAUUCUUUUGACGAACUCUCCAAAAUCAUCCAGAAAGUCUUUGCUUCGCGCAAAGAGUUGUUGGAAUAUGACCUGCAGCAGAGGGAAGCAGCCACCAAAUCGUCCCGGACCUCUGUGCAGCCCACAUUCACUGCCAGCCAGUACCGCGCCUUAUCUGUCCUGGGCUGCGGCCACACCUCCUCCACCAAGUGCUAUGGCUGUGCCUCAGCUGUCACAGAACAUUGUAUCACACUGUUGCGAGCCCUGGCCACCAAUCCAGCCCUGAGGCACAUCCUUGUCUCCCAGGGACUUAUUCGGGAACUGUUUGAUUAUAAUCUUCGCCGGGGGGCUGCGGCCAUGAGGGAGGAGGUCCGCCAGCUUAUGUGCCUCCUAACUCGAGAUAAUCCGGAAGCCACACAGCAAAUGAAUGACCUGAUCAUUGGCAAAGUCUCCACUGCCCUCAAAGGCCACUGGGCCAACCCUGAUCUGGCGAGUAGCCUUCAGUAUGAAAUGCUGCUGCUGACGGAUUCCAUCUCAAAGGAGGACAGUUGCUGGGAGCUCCGGUUACGCUGUGCUCUUAGCCUUUUCCUCAUGGCUGUAAACAUUAAGACUCCCGUGGUUGUUGAGAACAUCACCCUCAUGUGCCUGCGGAUCUUGCAGAAGCUGAUUAAACCACCUGCUCCAACCAGCAAGAAGAACAAGGAUGUCCCCGUUGAGGCACUCACCACAGUGAAGCCUUAUUGCAACGAGAUCCAUGCCCAGGCUCAGCUGUGGCUCAAGAGAGAUCCAAAGGCAUCCUAUGAAGCCUGGAAGAAGUGUCUUCCUAUCAGAGGGAUAGAUGGCAAUGGGAAAGCCCCCAGCAAAUCAGAGCUCCGCCAUCUCUAUUUGACUGAGAAGUACGUGUGGAGGUGGAAGCAGUUCCUGAGUCGUCGGGGGAAGAGGACCUCCCCAUUAGAUCUCAAACUGGGGCAUAACAACUGGCUGCGGCAGGUGCUCUUCACUCCAGCCACACAGGCUGCACGGCAGGCCGCCUGCACCAUCGUGGAAGCUCUGGCCACCAUCCCCAGCCGCAAGCAACAGGUCCUCGACCUCCUCACCAGUUACCUGGAUGAACUGAGCGUAGCUGGGGAGUGUGCGGCCGAGUACUUGGCUCUCUACCAGAAGCUCACCACUUCAGCUCACUGGAAAGUCUACCUGGCCGCUCGGGGAGUCCUGCCCUAUGUGGGCAACCUCAUCACCAAGGAAAUAGCUCGCUUGUUGGCCCUGGAGGAGGCCACUCUGAGCACUGAUCUGCAGCAAGGCUAUGCCCUCAAAAGCCUCACAGGCCUUCUCUCCUCUUUUGUUGAGGUGGAAUCAAUCAAAAGGCACUUUAAAAGUCGCUUGGUGGGCACAGUGCUGAAUGGAUACCUAUGCCUGCGGAAGCUGGUGGUGCAGAGAACCAAACUGAUUGAUGAGACGCAGGACAUGCUGCUGGAGAUGCUGGAGGACAUGACCACAGGUACAGAGUCGGAAACCAAGGCUUUCAUGGCUGUGUGCAUUGAGACAGCCAAGCGCUACCACCUGGAUGACUACCGAACUCCUGUGUUCAUCUUUGAGAGGCUCUGUAGCAUCAUCUAUCCUGAGGAGAAUGAAGUCACUGAGUUCUUUGUGACCCUGGAAAAGGACCCCCAGCAAGAAGACUUCUUACAGGGCAGGAUGCCCGGGAACCCAUAUAGCAGCAACGAGCCAGGCAUCGGGCCGCUCAUGAGGGACAUAAAGAACAAGAUUUGCCAGGACUGCGACCUGGUGGCUCUCCUGGAGGAUGACAGUGGGAUGGAGCUUCUGGUGAACAAUAAAAUCAUCAGUUUGGACCUUCCUGUGGCCGAGGUUUACAAGAAAGUCUGGUGUACCACAAAUGAGGGGGAGCCCAUGAGGAUUGUUUAUCGGAUGCGGGGGCUGCUGGGUGAUGCAACCGAGGAAUUCAUCGAGUCGCUGGACUCCACCACAGAUGAAGAAGAAGAUGAAGAAGAAGUGUACAAGAUGGCUGGGGUGAUGGCCCAGUGUGGGGGCUUGGACUGCAUGCUUACCAGACUGGCAGGGAUCAGAGAUUUCAAGCAGGGGCGUCACCUUCUAACAGUGCUGCUAAAAUUGUUCAGUUAUUGUGUGAAGGUUAAAGUCAACCGUCAGCAGCUGGUCAAACUGGAAAUGAACACUUUGAACGUCAUGCUGGGGACUCUAAACCUGGCCCUGGUAGCUGAGCAGGAAAGCAAGGACAGUGGGGGAGCAGCUGUGGCUGAGCAGGUGCUUAGCAUCAUGGAGAUCAUUUUAGAUGAGUCCAACGCUGAGCCCCUGAGUGAAGACAAGGGAAACCUCCUCCUGACAGGUGACAAGGAUCAACUUGUGAUGCUCUUGGACCAGAUCAACAGUACCUUCGUGCGCUCCAACCCCAGUGUGCUCCAGGGCCUGCUUCGCAUUAUCCCAUACCUUUCCUUUGGAGAGGUGGAGAAAAUGCAGAUCCUGGUGGAGCGAUUCAAACCAUACUGCAACUUUGAUAAGUACGAUGAAGACCACAGCGGCGAUGACAAAGUCUUCCUGGACUGCUUCUGCAAGAUAGCAGCCGGCAUCAAGAACAACAGCAAUGGGCAUCAGCUGAAGGAUCUGAUCCUGCAGAAGGGAAUCACCCAGAAUGCCCUUGACUACAUGAAAAAGCACAUCCCCAGUGCCAAGAAUUUGGAUGCUGACAUCUGGAAAAAGUUUUUGUCUCGCCCAGCUCUGCCGUUUAUCCUGAGGCUUCUCCGGGGGCUGGCCAUCCAGCACCCUGCCACCCAGGUUCUGAUCGGAACUGACUCCAUCACAAACCUGCAUAAACUGGAGCAGGUGUCCAGUGACGAGGGCAUUGGGACCCUGGCAGAGAACCUGUUAGAGGCACUGCGGGAACACCCUGAUGUAAACAAGAAGAUUGACGCGGCCCGCAGAGAGACCCGGGCUGAGAAGAAGCGCAUGGCCAUGGCGAUGCGGCAGAAGGCUCUGGGCACUCUGGGCAUGACGACAAACGAAAAGGGCCAGGUCGUGACCAAGACGGCGCUCCUGAAGCAGAUGGAGGAGCUGAUCGAGGAGCCGGGCCUCACGUGCUGCAUCUGCAGGGAGGGCUACAAGUUCCAGCCUACCAAGGUGCUGGGCAUUUAUACCUUCACGAAGCGGGUAGCCUUGGAGGAGAUGGAGAACAAGCCCCGGAAGCAGCAGGGCUACAGCACCGUGUCCCACUUCAACAUCGUGCACUACGAUUGCCACCUUGCUGCUGUCAGGUUGGCUCGCGGCCGGGAAGAGUGGGAAAGUGCUGCCCUUCAGAAUGCCAACACCAAGUGCAAUGGGCUCCUUCCUGUCUGGGGUCCCCAUGUCCCUGAAUCAGCUUUUGCCACUUGCUUGGCAAGGCACAAUACUUACCUCCAGGAAUGCACGGGCCAGCGGGAGCCCACGUACCAGCUCAACAUCCACGACAUCAAGCUGCUGUUCCUGCGCUUCGCCAUGGAGCAGUCGUUCAGUGCGGACACCGGCGGGGGCGGCCGGGAGAGCAACAUCCACCUGAUCCCAUACAUCAUUCACACUGUGCUUUAUGUCCUGAACACGACCCGAGCAACUUCCCGAGAAGAAAAGAACCUCCAAGGCUUCUUGGAGCAGCCCAAGGAGAAGUGGGUGGAAAGCGCCUUCGAGGUGGACGGGCCCCACUACUUCACAGCGCUAGCACUGCACGUCCUGCCCCCUGAGCAGUGGAGAGCCGUUCGCCUGGAGAUCCUGCGGAGGCUGCUGGUGACCUCACAGGCCCGGGCAGUGGCUCCAGGGGGUGCCACCAGGCUGGCAGACAAGGCUGUGAAGGACUAUUCCACCUACCGUUCUUCCCUUCUGUUUUGGGCCCUCGUCGAUCUCAUUUACAACAUGUUUAAGAAGGUGCCUACCAGUAACACGGAGGGAGGCUGGUCCUGCUCUCUGGCCGAGUACAUCCGCCACAACGACAUGCCUGUCUACGAGGCUGCCGACAAAGCUCUGGAGACCUUCCAGGAGGAGUUCGUGCCAGUGGAGACUUUCUCAGAGUUCCUUGAUGUGGCCGGUCUCCUCUCAGAAAUCACUGACCCGGAGAGCUUCCUGAAGGACCUGUUCAAUUCAGUCCCCUGACCGCCACGCGGACACCACUGUUGACGAAGACUGAAGCGAGCUUGCUUCCCGCCCUCUGUCCCUUCCCGCGCGCCGACUCCCCAUGGGGUGCUGCAUCAUUGCCUCCCCCCAUCCCUGGUUUUUUCCUGGAGUGGCUUGGAGUUUUAGGCUUCCUGUUUGUCUGUGCGUGUGGUGCACUAGCGCUGAAGUUGUCUGUGACCCCAGCCAUAGAAGGACCUGUACAUACCUGGGAACCACGGCUUGUCCUGGCCAGCGUAAUACUUGAGUGUGCACAUCUUGAGAAAUAAAUGAAUGACUGAA